CUCCACUCAUCCUUCCGUUCAAUUCAUAAAAGAAAGACAAUUCAAAAGCAUUAAAAAAAUUGGAUAAGAUAGGUUGCCCUUUGGCAUAAAAACUCUUAUCCUGUUCCGAUUUCUUCUCCCGGCAUCAAUAAAUAGAUAGGCUUUUCUUCUGCGCUGUGGAGCUCUGCUGUCUGGAGCUGGAACGGAGAGAAACAGAGAUACAGGAAGCAGAGAUUGUGCAGAAGAGAGAGAUUGGAACCAUGGCUGCUGAAAGAUCACUGGAGGAAGGAGUCCCACCGAAUUCUACCGAAGAUGAGAAUGGAUCUUCAACCGAUAACGAUUCUCCUUUGAGCGUCCCCGUUCCUCUUCUGCAUAAGAUAAUUGCAGAAAUUAUUGGCACGUAUUUCAUAGUCUUCGCUGGCUGCGCUUCGGUGACAGUGAACAAGAGCACGAAGGGAACUGUUACCUUUCCUGGGAUAUGUGUCGUGUGGGGUUUGGCGGUCACUGUAAUGAUAUACGCAGUCGGCCAUGUCUCCGGGGCACACUUCAACCCAGCCGUCACCAUUUCCUUUGCCACUUGCAGGAGAUUUCCAUGGAAGCAGGUACCAGCUUACAUUGCAGCACAGGUGUUGGGAUCAACUCUGGCAAGCGGUACGCUCCACCUUCUAUUUGGCGGUAGCCGAGAGCUCUUUGCUGGAACAAUUCCGACGGGCUCCAAUAUCCAGUCUUUAGUUUUGGAGUUCAUUAUCUCUUUCUACCUCAUGUUUGUAGUUUCCGGUGUUGCCACUGAUAGCAGAGCUAUUGGAGAACUUGCAGGAAUUGCAGUGGGAUCCACUGUGCUGCUAAAUGUUGGCUUCGCUGGGUUAAUAUCUGGAGCAUCGAUGAACCCUGCAAGGAGUUUGGGGCCAGCGAUAAUAUCGAACCGCUACGGAUCGAUAUGGGUUUAUAUGCUUGGUCCAAUUUGCGGGACAAUUGCUGGGGCUUGGGCUUAUAAUCUAAUUCGUCACUCGAACAGGCCAUUACGCGAGCUCACGAAGAGUGGCUCUUUUCUUAAAAGCUUGAAGAUAAAUAGUUCAAAGUAAUAUAGUGGCUAUGUUUAGAUUGCACAAUUUAUUGAAGCAAACUAUGGUUUAAGUUCCAUAGAAGCAAAUAUUAGAGUUGUAAUCUGAUGAUUUUUUAAUCAAUUGAUGCUAAUUUCUCAAGAAUCAAUGUAGUUGAUGACAGAUGGAUGGUGCCCCUAAAACAGCUUGUUUCAAGUGAUCAUGGAUAUGGAGCAUUUCUGU